CCUAAAGAAGCCAAAGCUCCUCCUUACCUCCGAGGAACCCCCAUUGAAAUCUUGCUGCUUCCAGCAUCAUUAUCGUAGCUCCAACCCUAUCUCACUAUUACUGAAUACUUUUUUUCCUCCCGAUAGCCUGCGUUCAUAAUUCAUACCCUCUGUUGCUCAUACACUUCACUUCAGAUUACAUCACCAUGGCCUCUUCACUUCGAGCUGGAAGCACAUUGCUUCGUUCGUCUGCAAUCUCCUCGAGACCUUUCGUCCAGAAAGCCGCAUUCAAUGGAGUGCGCUGCGCAAGCACCAAGACCCUCAAAGAAGUCUUCGCUGCCAAGCUCCCCGGAGAGAUUGAGAAGGUCAAGAAGCUGAAGAAAGACUAUGGCUCCAAGGUCCUGGGCGAGGUCACCCUAGAUCAAGUCUAUGGCGGUGCUCGAGGUAUCAGGGCCCUCGUCUGGGAAGGAUCUGUCCUUGAUUCGGAAGAGGGUAUCAGAUUCCGUGGAAAGACCAUUCCUGAAUGUCAGGAACUCCUUCCCAAAGCUCCCGGCGGCGAGGAACCCCUCCCCGAAGGUCUUUUCUGGCUUCUCCUCACUGGCGAAGUCCCAAGCGAGCAACAGGUCCGAGACCUGUCCGCCGACUGGGCUGCUCGUUCCGAGCUGCCCAAGUUUGUCAGGGAGCUUCUCGACCGCUGCCCCAACGACAUGCAUCCUAUGGCCCAAUUCUCCAUCGCCGUCGCUGCGCUCGAGCACACCUCCGAAUUCGCAAAGGCGUAUGCUAAGGGCAUCAACAAGAAGGAGUACUGGACAUACACGUUUGAAGACUCGAUGAACCUGAUUGCCAAGCUUCCUACCAUUGCGGCCAUCAUCUACCGCAACGCAUACAAGGAUGGAAAGGUUGCUGAGAUCCAAAAAGACAAGGAUUACGGCUACAACUUGGCCAACCUGCUCGGAUACGGUGACAAUGCCGACUUUGUUGAGCUCAUGCGUCUGUAUCUUACCAUUCACUCCGACCACGAAGGUGGUAACGUGAGCGCACACACAACCCAUCUAGUCGGUAGCGCUCUCAGCUCCCCUAUGCUGUCCCUUGCUGCCGGUCUCAACGGCUUGGCUGGACCUCUCCACGGACUGGCCAACCAGGAAGUCUUGAACUGGCUCACCAAGAUGAAGGAAUCUGUCGGUGACGACCUCAGUGACGAAGCCAUCACCAAAUACCUUUGGGAUACCCUUAACAGUGGCCGUGUUGUUCCUGGCUACGGCCACGCAGUCCUCCGAAAGACCGAUCCUCGUUACGUGUCACAACGCGAGUUUGCCCUGCGCAAACUCCCAGAAGACCCUAUGUUCAAGCUUGUCAGCCAGGUCUACAAGAUUGCUCCUGGUGUCCUGACCGAGCAUGGCAAGACCAAGAACCCUUACCCCAACGUUGAUGCUCACUCCGGUGUCCUUCUGCAAUACUACGGAUUGACCGAAGCCAGCUACUACACCGUCCUCUUCGGUGUCUCCCGAGCCCUUGGUGUCCUCCCUCAAUUGAUCAUCGACCGUGGUCUGGGUGCACCUAUCGAGCGACCCAAGUCCUUCAGCACUGAGGCCUAUGCCAAGAUUGUCGGCGCGCAGUUGUGAGCCAUUUGAUUUGCAGGAUUCUAAGAGCAAGCGAUGUACAAUGGUGAAACAAAACUGUAUGUCUAUCUGGGGACGGUGAUGGAUGGGCAUUUCGAAAG